CGAGCAGCAGCAGCAGCGGCAGCGGCAGCGGCAGUACGAUCGCGAAAUCGAGAGCUGUAGUGCUGUUCGUUAUGGUGUUUCAGUGCUGGGAGAAGAUCAUCGGCGGUGUGCUGAUCAAGUGAAAAGUGUUGAAGAAGAAGAAACCGAAGACGAACACGAAGUAGAAGAAGAGGAGGAACAAGGUGGAAUGUUGGAGUGCGUAAUGAAGGCAUCACAACAUAUCGUCCGCGAUAUGUUUCCAGUUGAUCCGCCAGCCCCUGGUGCACCCGGUGAUCGUGAUCGUACGGAUUGGAGUGAGGUGCAUGGUGGUGAUGGAUCGCAUGAAGGGAUGAGCCCGCGGGACGUGACACACGAAAACGACAGCGUAACGGUGGUAACGGGUGCGAGCACCUUGUCGGCGGUGAUCUGCCUAGAGGAUGGACUGGCCGACGAUGAUUCGUGGGUGGAGGAAAUCAGCCAGGAUGAGGAGGAAGAGUUCGCCACCACCACCACUGCCACCGAUUCCGAUCUGGACGAUUCGAGUGAAGAAAUGAUGUCGUACGGCAGCGGGGGCCACAACGAUCGCGAGGAGGAACUGCGCGGUUACCAUCGGACGGCGAUCGACUUUACGCUGCACACGAUCGUGGAGGAAAGCUGUGAGGACAGUGAGCUCGAGUCACGCGGUUCGCGGAGCGAUGUGAGACGCAGGGUGCGUCGUGGUGGUGAUCAUCAUGGCCGUGGGGGCGGUGAAGCUGAUGAUGAUGAUCCCGACGCGUCAUCGGCCCCUCGGUUGUCUGCCUCGGAGCUGGAAAAGUACUUUUUCUACGGACUCGGUGGUGAUAGUGGCGGUGCUGCUGGAGGAGGAGGAGGAGGAGGAGGAGGCGGUGAUAAUGGCAUGUCGAGUGGUGGUACCGGUGCCAGCAGUUUUGGCGCGUACUAUGGUACUGGCGGUGGCGAGGAUCACAGUGAGCUGUCGGAAGAGAGUAGCUCGCUGUGCAGCGAUGGUCACGAUUCACUCGGCAGUGGAACGGCUUCGGGAAGUACGGCGUCAGCAUCGGCUGCCCGGUUGUCGGGCGCAUCGGGAACGGAUGGUGGUCUGCACGGGCUACACGGCGAGGAUCAGUACGGUAGCGAUUCGGUGGGCGAUCUAGCAUCGUCCCGUUUGGAGAAGUACUUCCUUACGGGCUUUCUCGGCUACAGCAACAGUAACGAGCGCGGAAGUGGUGCUGGUGUAGGGGGCGGUAAUGGAUCCGAUGGCAGUGGUGGCAGCGUUGGGAGCGACAGCGAAGGACAUGCUAGUCCGGAACAGCGACGCAAGCGAUUAGUAAGAGCGCGUGGAGCGACACGGUCGCACAGCUCUCUAGACAAUCUGCUACUAGCGACGACCGCAAAGGAUGUGGUGGCGGACAGUUCACCAGAUGCCGGAGGAGCCGGCACAACAUCGGCGACAGCAGUAGCAGCAGCAGCAUCAGCUGGAGGCGGUUCCAGCUCCCAGAGAUUAACUCCACCCUUUGAUCAGCCAUCGGUCGUUGGAUCCGGUGGUGAUGUCGGUGAUGCUUCCUCGGAUACGGACACGUGCGAUGAGUCCGGUUUAGGACCACACCAGGACCGAUCGGAACAACAUUCUCCGCACAAUACGUUGGGCAAACGGAAAAAGAAGUUUUCUCUGGUUGCGAAAAAAUCCGAUAGCAGAGGAACGACCGCCGAUCACGCUGCGUCAUCCGUGCUACAGGUUCACGCACCAGGUGACGAUGGUUCCGAGACGGAGGAUAACCGUAGAACACCGGUUCAGUCGCUUCCACUCUCGGAUGAUGUGGUGAUUACCGUAGCAGCACCGUUAGCUGCAGCAGAAUCAACCCCGCAGCCCCACAUCAGCUCAUCACUACAUCCUCCACCACCGCUGGCGAUGGAGGAGGGUUCCAGGAAGCAAAACAGUCGCGACAGCGGUUUCAUUGGCAGCAAUGACGAUCUGCUGAAGGAAGAUCAGGCCGGUGCGGCUUCAUCUUCCGCGGGCGGCCCCACCGCACCGUCAGCUGCCACUAGACGGAUCGAGCUGAAGGACAUUCUCGGUGAUCCGAAGGUACCGACGAACACCGCGGCUGCGAGCGUACCGGCGAUAGGAACGACAACACCCGGCAUGGCGCGAGAAUCAAAGAUAAAAUCCGCAAAAUCCUCCGAUAGUGGUGGAAUUACGGCAAAGGCUGGAGGACCAUCGAUGGUAAAUUUGGCGCGGAAAGAUAGCUUCAACAAUUGGAGCUCGGAUGAGGAAACGAACUUGAUGAUGUCAAAGAUGCGCCAGUUUUUCAAAUCGUUGGUUGCUGCCUCGGCAAACAGCAGCCGCCGGCAGCAGCAGCAACACCCAAACUCGAGCAGUUCGACACCGGGUGUAAGUGGAUCGAACACUCCCCAGCAGAGCGGUACACCGGUGGCCAGACCACGAAGUGGUGCUGGGGCUGCAGCUGCCGCAGCAGCAGCAGCAGCCGCCGCCGCUGCCGCUGCAGCCGCUAGCCGCACCAAACCA